CCCUUCUAUCUUAACCUCCUCUGCUGGUCCAAGAUUAGUUUUUUUUUUCAACCCUAUAACUUCUAUCUCUUCUCUUACCGAUCUCGGCGGAUAGAUGUCGACUCCGCAACACCUCACCCAUUUCCGGUAGCCCAACUCCCCGCCUUGGCCGCUCAGCACAUGUUCAAAGCACAGAUAUUGCGGAGGAGCUUUUCUCUGUUCCGGAGAGGUCCUUCCACUUCGUCUGUUGCGCUCAAGUCGGCUCGCGAUGGCCACGAGACGAUAAGGAUUCAAAGGGUUCGCUUUAAAAAUCCCAUCUUCACCAAAGCUCGCAUUAUCGGCACUACCAUUACGUUCGCCACCGCGUAUGCAGUUUCGGCCUAUGUAGAUUCUGUCCUAGCCGAAGAUGACGAGGAAGAGGAACAAUUACGUGCGGAUCAAGCCCAACAAGGCAGGCCACGAAUAGACAAGGGUUCGGGGCAGGACGCCGCUGGAAAAGAUGAAGAGGGUGAAUGGGAGCAGCAGGGCGAUGAAGAGGAGGACGACGACGAGGACGACGAGGACGAAGAAGUAUUAUUCUUUUUCCCUACCGGCCUGUCGAAACCGAAGCCGAGGACAUUCUACAAAGGCUCUGAUCCCGAGUGGCAAGAGUUCAUCAAGUUUGCUCCUGAUCGCCAGCGCAUCGUGAAAAUAAGAAACGAAUUGAUAUCCACAGUGCGCGGUGCCGUCAUUAAAAAUGAUCAAUGGACCAAAGUUUUGGGCAAGAUCAAUGCGCAAACAGGCAACACUUGGUUGGAAGUCAUUUUUCCAGAUGCUCCACCAAUCGAAUAUGAGCGGCCUGGGUGGGCAUUAACCACAGAUCUCAAUUUACGGCAAGCCACACAAGAUAUUGACCCAAGGGCCCACUCGCUCUACAAUCGCGUUCUAUUUCCUAUCGCAAUUGCCCGGGCAUUCUACGAAGACUCUUGGAGAAGGAUAUCGAAAAUGUGGGAGACUCAACCGGGGUUGGGGGGUACUGAAGCAGCUCUACAGGCUAUGAUACGUGCAAGGCAAAUAACAUCUGGUUCAACCCCUCCUACAUCUCCCACGUCUGCCUCAGCAUCGCCCACCUCUACACCCACCAGUGAGCAACAAGCGGCGAUGCCGCGCUCUCCACCGUCAAGCGAUCCCGCCCACGACCGUUCUAGUGUCACGCUACAGACGUCGAAGAUGAUCCCCAUAAUGGAUAUGUCUUUCUUCCGUGGAAAAUGGUUGAAAAAUCGCCCACGUGAACAACCCCAACCACCACGUGGCACAUUUGUGGUGUCAGGCCUCAUUGAUAUUGUGGGCGACAAGGCGAAAAUGACAGUGGAUGUGUUUGCAGCGUACGACCCCAAAUCUGCGAAGUACGUGAUCAUAACAAUUAAACCACGAACCCUCAAGGAGUGGACGCAGAGACCCAAGGGCGGACCGGGAUAG